GAAAAAAUACGUGAGAAGCGCGUGCAGCACCGCAAAAGCAUGUCGGUGAUUGAGAAGGGGGAGUCAAAUGCAUAGAGGAAGGCCAAUUAUGAAAGAAGGAAAAAAACACUGUGCAAAUAAUGCAUCGCAAUCCCCCUUACAGACCUAGCAAACUCAACCUAUGAAUGUCCCACUUCCCCAAGCCGCGCAUCAUCCGUCUCUCGGCCGCAAAAGAUGAUUCAUCUGAUGGGGAUCCGGGGACGAACAUGCCGAGAUACUUUGCCGGUGCCGAUGGUAUGACAUUGCGAUUGUCAGUUUCUUAUGCUCAUUCUCAGCAUGUCGUUCUAACAUGGUCUUGUCUGUUGUCGCAUUCUGUACGACGACAAUGCAGAAGACAUCGAUGUAUUCCAAAGCGGCACCAUGGGCGAUGAGCAGGAAGCACACGACUUGAUUGAUGAGGAGUACUACAUGUUUUGCAACGAAGGAUCCGAUAAUGACAUAUUGGAUGAUGACGAGGAAGCGAGCAUGUCUGGCGCUAAACCUAGCGGGAUUGAUCCAUUUGACACUGUCUACUCAAACAUUCCAGACAUCACUCGCAUCCUGAAACUCGAUGAAAAUUGCAAACACUGCAAGGCCAGAAAGUUUGAGUCUGAGACUGACGGCUUCUGGUGUCGCAAUGGCCAGAUCCAGCUUAAGCAACCGGAACCAAUCCCAGAGCUUAUGAGGCAAUGGUCCAGCAUGGAUGCAAAUUCUAGACAUUUUCAGGAGAACAUACGGUUCUUCAACGGGCAUUUCGCCUUCACAACCCUUGGUGUCAUCCUUGAUGAAAACUACACGAACAUGAAGUCUGGGGGUGUACACAUUCCGAGCACCGGGCACCAUCUACCACAAUGUCCAUUCAUUCAGGCCUAG